UGGCAGGCCAUUCAGCAUGGAUGCUACUCGUUAGCGAGAAGCGGACGUGGAACUCUUACUACAGUAGACAGUUGCCAAAUUCCCAAGCCAAACCCAACUCGUUAUCCCCGUUAAACUAGUUAUCAUCGUUAUCGUCUGUACCAAUAUGUCUAUCCAGACGAGACUUUGCAGCCCAUACGAGGCACGUCUGGCCAUCCGUGAGGACCUCGGAUUUUAUAACGCGGCUACUAUUGCAGCCAUCUAUGAGCUUGAUGGCGUCAAGUUCGACCUUACGUCGCCUAGCUCGUGGGUGCAGCCGCUGAAGCGAAGCAUCAAAGAGUACCCCUCCUUGGCCAUCGCCGUUAAGGACAAGGGAACGGACAAGCCCUCUUAUGAGCUAGUUCCGACCAUAGAUCUCAAACAUCACAUCACCAUCUUGGAUUCUUCUAUCUCUACUGGCAGUGAUGGUGAUCUUCCCAUCAUCGAGAAGGCCCUCGGCGCCAUCUUGGACCGGAACUUCUCCUCGAGCUCCUCCCCGCCGUGGAAUCUCACCAUCCUUCCCCUCCCGACGCCCGCAGGGGCUACUACCAAGCGCGUUUUCGUGUCUUUCCUAUCGUCCCACUCGACAAGUGAUGGCGGAGCUGGUCUCGCCUUCCACAAGUCCCUGCUGGAAGGACUGCGCGAGCAGGCCGCCAAAGGCGUGGAUGAGAAUGUCGAUUUCACCGUGACAGUUCCCAGCCAGCCGAUCCCGGAGCCCUUUGACACACCUGAGCGUCUCCCCGUAGCCCCCGAGUUCCUCAAGGCGCUGGCUUCCGCGUCGGGGCCCGCUGCGGGAGUCUGGACCGGGUCCCCCGUGUUUCUCAAUGAGAGCGAGGGCUUGCACACCCGCGUCCGCCUACUCGAGAUCCCCGCGUCCGUGGUGGAGGGCGCACUCGCCGCGUCGAAGAGCCACGGCGCCAAGCUGACCGGCACAAUUCACCAAUUGAUUGUCCGAGCCCUCAGCAGGGCCCUUCCUGACGGGGCAGCAACCAGCUUCUCGUCGCAGACGGCGAUUGAUCUGCGUAACGCGGCUGGCGUUGGCUUGCAGUGGGGUAUCUACGUGUCUGGCGUCUCCGAAUCCCACCCACGGCUCGACGCGGCCACUCUCUCGGGCCCCCUUACUCAAGAUCAGUGGGAUGCAGCUGGUAAACUGUCGGCGAAGCUCUCUGAGGCUUCAGGUCGGCUUGAGAAUCAGCCUAUCGGCCUACUCAAGUUCGUCCCCAGCCACCGCGACUCGAUGAAGACCAAGAUCGGUGCUCCCCGCGACGGCUCCUACUCCGUCAGCAACAUGCUCGCCUUCGAUGGCGGCAAAGCCGGAGGUAUUUCUAUUAGCAACCUGGUUGUCGGCUCGUCUGCCGCCGUGCCCAGCGCCCCUCUGAGCUUCUGUAUUGUCAGCGUCCAGGGCGGUAGCAUGAUCAUCUCGGUAAACUGGCAACCAGGCGCCACUGGCCUUCCGGUGGAGAAGGAAGACGCUUUUAUUAGCGAUAUCUUCAAGUCGCUGGAAGGCGACUUUAAGUUACUGAGCGCAUAGCUAUAUGGCCGGUCUUUGAAGCUGUGAAGGAUACGGUCUUCGUAAACGCGAACUUUGCACUGGUGAACGGUUUUGAAGAUAGACAUCAGCGACAGUAAAUACACCUACACAUGAAGUCUAGUCACAAAAGCAAUGCAUACACGGGAUAUAGCAUGACUUCGUGUCAAGAAUUGGAAUGAUAGAAUAUGGUGAUAGGUUGAGCCGUGCACAUGGAAGCAGGGAACAGAAUCUUAAGGCUGUCUAUAUG